CUUAUAUAUAUUUUGUCGAUUACAUACACAACAAAACAGCUUUUCUUCUUCUCUCGGGUUAUUGCCAGACAGCAGCUUCUUCUUAAGAUAUGAGGCCGAUCUUGAUGAAAGGGCACGAAAGGCCAUUAACGUAUUUGAAGUAUAACAAGGAGGGUGAUCUCCUCUUCUCCUGCGCAUUAGACAGAAACCCCGCUGUUUGGUAUGCGGAUAAUGGAGAGCUUUUAGGCACUUACCGUGGCCACAAUGGGGCUGUCUGGGGUUGUGAUGUUAGUCGGGAUUCGAAACUUUUGAUAACCGCAAGUGCGGAUCGAACAGCGAAGCUAUGGGAUGUUCAAACGGGGUCUGAGCUGUUUACGUUUGAAUUUAGGUCUACUGUGAAAUCAGUUGAAUUUAGUGUUGGAGAUAAGCUUGCUGUUAUUGCAACAGACUCCUUUGGUGAAAUGUCUUCUGCGAUUCAUGUGAAAGAAAUUGCGGGAGAGCCUAGUGAGCAGUGCGGUGAUACUGUGAUUGAAUUGGCACAGCUUGGAGGGAGAAGUAAUAGAGCUGUUUGGGGACCGUUGAAUAGGACGAUAAUAAGUGGUGGUGAAGAAGGUGUUGUUCAUGUUUGGGAUGUUGAGACGAAGAAAGUGAUUUAUGAGUCGGAUAAGGAGACUGGUCAUCAGAAGGCGGUUACAUCACUUACAAAAUCAAGAGACGGUUCAUGUUUACUUACUGGUUCCAUCGAUCAGUCAGCUAAGCUUUGGGACAUCAGAUCAAUGAGACUUGUCAGGACAUAUAAGGCUGAAGCACCGGUUAAUGCAGUCACACUCUCUCCGCUACUUGAUCAUGUCGUGCUUGGAGGUGGUCAGGAUGCAUCGCAUGUCACAAACGAUCCUCGUGCUGGCAAGUUUGAGGCCAAAUUUUAUCACAAGGUCCUUGGAGAAGAAAUUGGAUCUGUGAAAGGACACUUUGGUCCAAUAAAUGCAUUGGCAUUUAACCCUGAUGGAAAAAGUUUCGCGAGUGGAGGUGAAGAUGGUUAUGUGCGAUUACAUCACCUUGAUCAUGACUACUUCAACAUUGCGAUUUGAAUCGAAUUACUUAGUUAGGUUGCUACGUCUUUUUUCAGAUAUCUAGAUAGGCAGAUAGCAUCUUGUUUUAGAUAUAGAAUUUACUCUGUGCAGGCAAAAUCUGGUCUUUUCUGAGCUUUUCAAAUUCUAGGCUUUAACAUGUUUUUUCACGUUUUGUGCUUCUGCAUGAUUACAAUCUUCUUGACUUUUACUUCUCUUUUUUAAUUGUGGUGAAUUGGAUUAAAAA